UUUGUCGUCGAUAUAUUAAAACACGUAUCAUCGACGAUUCAUAGUUCCUUUACCAUCGAAUUUCCAAUUAACGUGCGCACUUUAUCCACAAGAGAGCAGUCGUGAAUUAGUUUUUCCGGAACUUUGAUAUAACGAUACGCUUUGAGAAAAAAUGCUAGAGAUAACAUGCAAUGACCGUCUUGGGAAAAAAGUUAGGGUUAAAUGUAAUCCAGAUGACACGAUAGGCGAUUUAAAGAAAUUAAUAGCUGCUCAAACAGGAACACAUUGGGAAAAGAUUGUUUUAAAGAAGUGGUAUACCAUUUUCAAGGAUCAUAUAAAACUACAAGAUUAUGAAAUUCAUGAUGGCAUGAAUUUAGAACUUUACUAUCAGUAAUUAAUUAAUUAAUUGUUAAUGUUAUACGAAUUGAUGUUAGAUAUAAAUACAAUAAUAACAGUCACGGUAACUUUUUAUAUUUCAUGAUUUUAUAUCUUACAUACUC